AUGUCUAUGCUGUUCUCCUUCUACGAUCAGGAGUCUUCUUCGCCAGAAUCAGAGGAUGAAGAAAUGGGGGGUGCAGAGCUCUAUGAUGAAGAUGUCGAGGGGACGUUUUACUACGACUAUGACGAGUCGAGACCAAGCACUCCAGGUCUCCCAGAACUAGAACCGUUACCGCCAGCAAUAGACCGGAUUCCGUUCGAGCUGUGGGAGUUGAUAUUUGGAUUUGUGGCACCGGGCCUGAGAGAUGAUGGAUAUCCGCCGCUGAAGAAUCUGUUGAACUGUGCCUUGACUUGCAGACUUUGGUCAUAUACAGCAAUUCCGAUGCUGUACAAAACGCAUGGCUAUGGCGUCUUCAUGCCAGACUCCUCAAAUCGAGACCUUGGUUCAACAUAUUUCCCGCUCUCGCGAAAAGUGGAUUUCUUCAGCACCACGGCCGACCGAAGGAUGAUGAAGCUCUGGCGUACGCUCCUGCUCUCGUGCUUCACCGUCUCAUCGAGCACAGAAUCCGCAGACGCAACGCUGUAUCCAUACAUCAACUAUGUCACCCACCUCGAUGCACGGACCUUGGUUAUGGUUUUGACGGAGAUCAUGAAAUCGCAGCGAGCUGUGGGCGUGAAGACGGCGCUUGGUUCCAGGGCCCCUGAGUACUUUUUCGGCGGGCUUUUGGGGGGUUUGGAAAUAGCGGGGGCGUCGAGGGGGGAUAGGAUGAUUGUUGGCGGAUCCGAGUAUGACUCCAAAAGCCCUGUUUACGGGAAAGAUGUGAAGAUUUUCGUUGGAGAUACGGCUUUGAUGAUUAUGGAUUUCCUAUAUCCCCAUAUCCAUCAUCUCAAGGGCUUCACAAUCCCGGAAUUGGGCCAGCUGCGAACUCUCGAUCCGGUCCGGAUGUCGCACCCCAUAUCGCUCAUAUGUUCCCUUGAAAACUUGUCCCGCUUGGUUAUCUCAUCCGGCUGGAUGGUUUGCCCCGAGCUCGGGAAAGCCAUAGCUUCAAUCCGGCCCACACUGGUAAAUCGCAGCUUCUCACGCCCCGGAAGACAAAAGGUCAAAGCAGACACCUUCUGCCUAACAAUCCUCGACUGGCGCUUCAAGACGCACUAUGAUCCCAUCUAUAGCCACAACGAGGACUGGAAAAGCGAUCGGUCAGAUUCCAACUGGUCUGUAGGAACCCUGGAAAGGUUCUUUGAUUGCCUGAACCCGAACUCUGUAACCUCAUUGGAUCUAGAUUUCAACAUACAGUACUCGCGGCUCCCCGGGAAGGAACCUGGAAGCGUCCCCUUUGCGAUUCGCCAGAGUGGGAGCUUCAAAGCGCUGAGGCUGGCAAGGAUGAGCUGCGGCGCCUUCAAGCUCUGGCGGAUGCUGGUUGACAUGGGUGCCGCUGGAUUUGUACCCCAGGCACUGAAGCUAGUCGACCUUAUCAUGGAAGAUAGCGCCACAGAAAGCAAGGUGUUUGCUGGAUGGAACUUCGCACCCCAGUUUUGGCGGGAUCUCCGCACAGUGGAGUUCUCAAAGUUCAACGGGAUGUUCGGGCUUGUUUCGGCGGCAGCGGAGGCCAAGAGCAUAAACAGCUUUGACGAUACCCGCUCAAGAUGUUCUUACACAUACAACACCCUGGAACUUGAAGAGCUGUCGCUUUCCUGGGAGGAUAAACAUCUGGGCGCAGAGAAGACAUACAUGCACUUCUUCACCAAUAUCCUCCCUUCACUCGGAGCUGGCCUAACGAGCUUAAAGCUCAUAGAUACAGACCUCAGCAUGGGAUCCCGGGCCAGACGCGGGGCAAUCCGAUACCCACGCAGUACAGUGCUCUCCCGCUCCCCCCUUGAAAGCUUAACAAAGCUUCAAACCCUCGUCCUCACCGGCGACGUGUCAGUCUGGCUUCUCUCCGACCGCACCCGCGACGUCAUGCGCGCCAUGCGCAACACAAUCACCAGCGCCGACAUCUGCCUCUCCACCAAGGACCUGCGCGACUCGAACCUCUCAAAGAUCUUUAGCCCCUGCGAGAAGCUGGAACGCCUCAUCAUCAGAGCAUGGGACAAGAUUGUGCAAGUCGCACACAACAACCAGAACCCCCAGACCCAGCGGGAUGCGGACUCUGGCCUGUGGAUCGAAUAUCCGCCGCUCCUCACAAACGCGCGGUACUCGCACACGUCGCUGUGGCCCGUGUGUCCGAAGCUCACCGCCCAGGGCGUCAGGCACUACUUGAAGAAGUGCAAGCGGCGGCCCGAGCCAGCUUCGUCGCGCGCCGUGUUAAGAGAGUUUGCCUUCUCGCGGGCGUUUUGCAGCGAUGCCUCGCCAAAGUCGUGGACUGAGGUGAGGGACCUGAUGCGGCAUAGAGGGGGGAAGUUCUUGCCGAAGCUGGAUACGGGUGGCUCGAGGGAACAUAAGCAUUGGGAUGAGGGUGUACCUUUGCCGGAAUGA